AUGCCUAGAUCUAACCAAACCAUAAUCAUCAAAGUCAAUGUCUUUGGCACAAAGGACAACGAAGACAAAGAUGUUCCUGUUGAAAAGACAUUACGUGCUAAGAGAGAGGACUUCUUAUCCAUCAAUUCAAAAGAUUCCUUGGCUGAAUAUAUCACUACCAAAUUGUCAGAAUUGUUCCCAAACCAGGCUACUUCCUUGACUUUUACAAGAAAGUCGAAGAAGCACAAAUGCUUUAUCCCCUUAGACGAUGAAGAGGAUUUUAAAUCUCUCGCUAGAAGUUUGAAAGUUAAGAACCACGUGAAAUUGAAUGUUCAAGUGUCAUCUCCAUUGCCUCCUCAAGCAUCUUCUAUUCCAACAACUGAACUGAGAUCCUUGCCAAUUUCAUCAAUUGAUUUCGCAAAGUUGGGAGACGCAUUGCUUGAAGCAACUUUGGAACAUUUCAAGGAUUUCUUCAUUGAACCAAGACAUAAAGUAGCUGGUGCAGAGAAGGAGGAAGCUGCUAACGCUGCACCUGCUGCCACGGCAUCUGCAUCCACCUUGAACGGUGCUUCAUCACACCAAAAUAGCUCAGAAGUUGAAGAGGAAGUUGUUGUGCACGAGAAUAUCGCUUGUGAUAAUUGUUCUCCAGACGACUUUAUUCCACUCAAGGGAGUUAGAUAUAACUGUUUAGUUUGCCAAAACUAUGACCUUUGUUCCGAUUGCGAGAGCAGACAACAGGCUGGAAAGUUGACUUAUGGAUCCCAUUCUCACUUGCAUCCAAUGGCAAAAAUUACUACACCAGCAACCUUUACGAGAGGUUUUUGCAACGGUAAAUUCAAGGUCAAUGAUAUGGAACCUCAUGGAAGACACCACGCCUUUCCCAACACGGGACCUAAUGACAUUGUUUAUGACAUUCCUUUGUCGAGUUGCUCUGGUGAUAAUAGGGCUAGAUUAGAAACCCUUCUUCAAUCGAAAGGAUUCGAACGUUUUAUCGAUGAGGUUGAUGGAAUUAUUGGCAGGAGCGACAAAUAUUCACAGCUUUCAGACAUUUUGAAAGCAAAUGGUUUGACAUUCUCCACCGAAGACCAAAAGCACGAGUAUUUAGAAGAGUGUAUCGAGGAUUACUUGUUGAAGAAAGCUUUCACUGAGUCACAGAAUGAACAACAGGUUGAAAGUGAUAACGAGAAAGAAGAAGCAAAUGGCGAUGCUGUCAUCAGUUUGAACUUGGGAACUGCAUCGACAAAGCUGUCGCUUCAGUUGAUCAACAAGUCUGAUAUUACAAUCGAUAGUGGUGACUUCACAAUCAAACUUGUUGAUGCUAACCAAAAAGAAUACUCAACCACCUGUAAGUCUGCCGUUGUGAAACCUGGCCAAGUGAAGUUUUACAAAUUAGGUACUGUGCCUCCAGAAUUUGUACUCGAUGAUGGAACAAAAUUGCUAGUUGAAGCGCCCAAUGUUAUUAUGACAAGUUUGAAUGCUGAAAGCAAUGAGUUCCAAAUGGCUAUUAUGGUCAAAAAAUCUCAAAAAGAACAAUCUGAGACUGUUACAGAGAUAGAGUCAUUUACAAGUAGCUCAGAUGGCUUGUCUGUCAAUGAGAAGAAGGAAAUGACUGAAUUUUCAAAGCCUGGAACUAGUAAUGGUGAUAUUACUGUGUCCUAUAAGAUGCAAUCGGGAAUGAUUAUGAAUCUCGAAUUGCAGAACAAUUCAAGCACUAAUUUCAGUUGCAAUGAUUUAAAGAUUGAAGUUUAUGAACAAGAGGAAAAAGUUCUGGAGCUGGUCAUCCACAGGGCUCAUGGUAUCAAGCCAGGUUGCUUAACCAAAGCCAACAUCAUUUUGAAAAAUCAAGUCACUAAAUAUCCACUUCAUUUUGACUUCCAAACUAAUGACAAUAGAGCAACAUGCAGCUUUUCAGAAGGUCAACGCCAAUCUACCUUGUUAUUUUUGUAUGAAGAGGCAGAUACUAAAGCAAGUACUUCGAAGGAGAUGACCGAACACUCAGACCGAAAUGAAGCCUCAAGACUGGCCUCAGAGCUUCAAUCUUCCUCCUACCACUCAGUGGUGUUGCCCGUCUUGGCACGUGAAAGUGUAGACUUGUCCGAAUUUAUGGAUGCCAAUAGUGGAUCUACAGUCGAUGAGAGUGAUAAUGCAGAGUAUGAUGUAUUGGAAGAUGACGAGAUUGAUUCUGAAUAUGAGAUUCUCUCUUUAGCUAGCACUGACUCCUUUUAG